GGGCGAGGGGUGUCCUGGCUGAGAACAGCAAGCAGAGCCUUCUGGAAACCCCCCACCGAGAUGCCAAAGGGCUCCCCAUCUUCUGGAUGAAGAAGGACAUCUGAGGGGCAGGGGCCCCAAGACGGGUGCUGGCCCCGCAGGCAGACGGUGAAGUGGGAUGGUGCUGGUGCUGUGGAUGUGCCUGGCACUGGGCAUCACCAGCGGGGAGAGCCCAGCACCUGAGCCCCUGUCAGGCGGCCAGCCCUUUGCCGUGGUGUGGAACGUUCCCACUGGGCGCUGCCAGCGCCGCUUCGGCGUGGCGCUGCCUCUCAGUGACUAUGGCAUCGUGGAGAACCAGGGUGGCCACUUCAGGGGCCAGAACAUCACCAUCUUCUACAAGAACAAGUUUGGGCUGUACCCCUACCUGUCACAGCAGGGUGUCCCCCGCAAUGGGGGCAUCCCCCAGUGUGUCCCUCUCAGUGCCCACCUCGCCAGGGUGGCUGAGGACAUCCAUCUCCUCCUGCGCCCUGCUUUCCAUGGCUUGGCUGUGGUGGACUGGGAGGAGUGGAGGCCCCUCUGGGCCCAAAACUGGGGGACCAAAAAGAUGUACCGGGCAGCCUCAGAGCAGUGGGUGCGGGAUCGGCAUGGCAUCCUGCCGGCACGGCGGCGGCUCCGGCUGGCCCGGCGGGAGUUUGAGCAGGCGGCGCAGGCUCUGAUGGAAGAGACACUUCUGCUGGGCCAGACCCUGCGCCCGGGGGGGCUUUGGGGUUUCUACCGCUUCCCUGACUGCCUCAAUGGAAACUGGGCCAAGGAGGCCAACUACACUGGGCAGUGUCAGCCGGCAGAGGUGCAGCGCAACAACCGGCUGGGCUGGCUCUGGGCUGCCUCUACGGCCCUCUACCCCAGCAUCUACCUGCCACCAGCACUGCCGCCUGCCCUGCGCCACCGCUACGUCCACCACCGGCUGCGCGAGGCCCUGCGUGUGGCCGCCUUCGGGGCCCGUGGCCUCCUGCCCGUGAUCGCCUACUCUCGCCUCUCCUUCCGCCGCUCGCCCCAGUUCCUGGAGCUGGCUGACCUGGUGCACACCAUCGGGGAGAGCGCAGCGCUGGGAGCAGCUGGACUCGUGCUCUGGGGAGACAUGUCCUAUUCCCACUCAGCUACAGCAUGGGAAGGGCUGAGGGUGCCGCACCGGCAGAGCCCGCGGACCCUGACAGCAGUGAUCCUGGAGCCAUCAGCCUGUGCCCCGUGGAGUCCAUCAGCGACCUGCACUUGGCCUCAGGCGGGCAGAAGGGCACAGAGGGUGAGAACGCUGGGGAGGUGGUCGUGCCAGCCCUGGCUGUGCUUGUGGCUGGGUUCUGACCUCUUGUCUCCCCUGCCCGCAGGCAAUGGCCCGGCUCCCUCCAGCAGCCUGCGCCGGCCUCCCCCUCAGACCAUGUCCCCCGUGCCCCCGGUGCUCCUGCCCACUCUGCGCCCCGUGCCCCCCGCCAGCCCCUGCCCCUGCCUCGGCCCUGGCCACCCCCUGCUGCUGACCCUGCUGGUGCUGCUGACACUGGCGAGCCUGGUCCUGGCCACGCUGGCCAUCUACCUGAGUGUCCUGCAGAGCCAGUCUGUGCGGGCGCUGGCCCAGUGGCUGGAGAGCCAGGAGGACGCCGUGCACCAGCUGCGGGCAGCCAGCAGGCAGCUCUGGGCUCGCCUCAACGCCAGCACCCAGCCCAGCGGGCACCGCUGAGCUGCUCCCAGCCCCACCAUGGGCUCCAGGCCACCGCAGGAAGGGGCAGCGAAGGGCAGGAGGGGGCAGCGGGCAGCCUUACCCACUCAGACCUGGCAGUAUCGCCCCAUGGGGCAUAGGGGCAAUCCUGGCCCCUGCCCCAGGCUGUGAGAGAAAGGGACAGGGCUGUAAGGACUGGCACCCACCUCUGUGACAGCCCUUCCUCUUAACAAGGCAGAAGGCACCCUCCAAUUAGCCUUUUAAUUACCUCUUACAAUCAAAGUCUUAGAAAAUAACCACGAUAGAUACAUUCCCGGAGUGGCAGGCACUGCCAGCUGGCACAGCCCCAUGCCCGCCUGGGCAGUUGCCCCCCCGUAAUUAAUUUCCCACAAGAUUACUAUUUCAUAUAAAGCAUUUGGCUGAAAAAAGGGUUGAGAGUGAGCAGCUGGCAGGGCUGGGCAGGGCCUGCCACCCUACACUGCUCUGCCACCACCAUUGGUGCCAGACUGGCUGUGGAGGCAGGGGCUGUGCCCAGCAUGGCAGGUGAAAGCAAAUGCUCCUGCCACAGGCUCAGACACCAGGCCAGCUGCCCCACAGCCCCACACAGCUCUGCCCUCUCAAUCACCCCUCCAGGCUGUGCCAGGCCACCCUGGUGUCCCCACAGGACUGGAGAUGGGGGGACAUGAGCCCUGCCUCUAAAAAGGGCUGCAGGAGCUCUGGUGAAAGCCCUUCCCACUGUGCCACAUGGAGUCUCAGCCGCAGAGCAGGCACACAGCAGACAUGCCACCACCUCCCCCUGCUCUUCUUUUAUCCUUCCUUUCUUUGGUUAAAAAAAUAAAAGAGGGGGCAGCCCCCAGUGGGGCAGCUCCAGGCAUUAAA